GGAUCGCUCCAAAUAUUUACCAAGUUGCCAUAGAUGCACUAUUAAUAGGGCUCGCAACUUGGCCAGGCAUCAUACGGCACGGUGAAUGCUAGAAGUGUGUGAAGUAUUUUUGCAUUUUGAUUUAAAUUAGUCGAAGGGCUUCACGAUCUGAACAACAAUGGACGUGUUUGCGAUUGCCGGGCUGGUUCUCAGCGGACUGUCAGCUAUACUGGACAUUGCGGGUCUCGCUAUUCCGUACUGGACGUACGUUAAAGAUGUAUCAAAUGCAGGACUUUGGUCGGCAUGUUUUAGUUCCGGUGAACGCCCGUCUGUAUGUGCGUCAAUCGGAACUGCUGCUACUGGCACAUUGAUGGCGGUGCGCGCGAUGGUGGUUCUUGGUCUUCUGCUUAUGAUCGGCGCUGUCGUCUGCUUCCUGCUGCAGAAGUUCAUGAUGAAGGACAAGGUCAUCCUCACCAAGGUCGCCGCGGGGCUUGCCAUCUUUGCCGGAAUCUUAAUGUUGAUCGGAUCUGUGAUAUACGCCACUAGCAAAGAAUUGAAUGCGGAAGGUUCCUCCCUACAUGCGGGUUUCGCUCUGUGCAUCGUGGCGGCAGUGCUGGGUAUUGCUGGUGGAGUGUGCAUGUUCAUCAACAAGGAAUAGGACUGGCGGAAACUUACAGACUCUAUUCUUAAACAUAAGCUUGCACAUAUAUCACAAAGCCUUAUUUUCUUAGUUAACAAUUGCAAAAGUUUGUUUUUCCUUUAACUCGUUAAGUGAUAUAGCUGCAUUGUUUUAAACUUUAUUAAAGACGAGUUCUGAGUAAAGCAUACAUUUUUGAAUGUUGACUCCACGAAGUACUGUGAACAUCACUAAAUUAUGAAAGAUUAGCAUUUCAUUACAUGUCACAAAAUGUUUCCCAUUAAUAUUGUAGAUAAUAUUUAAGUUUAUAUUUGCUAUAUUUUCCUUGAUUUAUAGCAUGGCUUACUAGUAUUUGGCAAAAUUGUGUCAUCCAAGUCUGAAAAUAUCACGCCAUUAAACUACUUUUUUGGAUUUUGUCUUUGAAUAACAAAAAUAUGUAAAAACUACAACAUGAGACCCUAAUCAUUUAAUAAAAUAUUAUAAAUCGGGCCGAGAAUGCGCUUGCAUGAUCUGUGUACUUCAAUCUAUGCAUGUCUCUGUAAGUUUUAGUUGAUUUAUGUAUUAUUUAUAUGUUGCAUUGUACAUACACUGGGCGUGAUCUGACAAUGUAUAGUACAAAAUGUAAUGUUGCUGUCAGCGCAUCUGGUAAUUUUAACACGAGAUACCGAUGUUAACCUGAUUGUGCAUCUGUUAUUGCUAGUGAUAAAAAUGAAGUUUUAUAAUUUAUUUAUCUUUUAUAUAUAUUAUGUAAUAAAGAAUAAUCAUAUCGACUAA